AUUGAAACCAACUUCAACAAUAUAACCUACCCCUGCAACGAACAGCCUCGCUGAACAAAAUUCAUUGAGUCGUUGAAAGAUCCUUGUGGACACCUCCGACACAUAUUGUUAUGUCAUCCUUCAGUGGUCCACCGAAUGAGCUUCAGUGCUGUAUAUGUCUGGAUGUGUUCAUUGAUCCAGUCAGCACUCCAUGCGGACACAACUUCUGCAAGACCUGUCUCAAUAAACACUGGGACAACAGCCAGACCUGCAGCUGUCCGUACUGUAAAGAGACAUUCAAGGAAAGACCCGAUCUCAAAAUUAAUACCACACUUCGAGAGCUCGUAGAUCACUAUAAAAAGAAACAUCCACAGGUUUUGUGUGAUUUCUGUGAGGAAAGAAAGCUGCAAGCCCUGAAGUCAUGUCUGGUGUGUCAGGUGUCUUACUGUGAAACUCACCUGGAGCCUCAUUUGAGAGUGACAGGUUUAAAGAAACACAAACUGAUAAAGCCUGUGAGUAAUCUGGAGGACUAUAUAUGUCAGACACAUGAGAGUCCUCUGGAGCUGUUCUGUAGAGAUGAUCAGAUGUGUGUGUGUCUGAUGUGCUCUGUGAUAGACCACAAGAACCACAGCACUGUUCCUCUAGAAGAUGAAAUUAAAGAGAAGAAGACAAAGAAGGACUUGCAGCAGAUGAUCCAGGACAGAUUAAAGAAGAUUCAAGAAAUCAAACAGUCAGGAAAGAGAUUUUACACUGAACUUCAGGAGAUGAUGAAGGACCAGCAGAAAGCAGCAGAGAAACAGGAGCAAGAGUUCAUUAAAGAUCUGGAGCAGGAGAUCACUGAGUUAAAGAUGAGAAACACUGAGCUAGAGCAACUCUCACACACUGAAGAUAACCUCCACCUCCUACAGAUUUACUCAUCUCUGCGCAGACCUACAAACACCAGCAACUGGUCUCAGAUUAGCAUGAAGACACACCAGAGUCUGGAGAAUCUGAAAGGAGCAGUGACUCAACUGCAGGAAACUCUAGAUUCGAAACUUACACAAACUGUGCUAAAGUGGAUGCAGCAUUAUGCAGUGGAUGUGACUCUGGAUCCAGAUACAGCUCAUUAUAUACUCAUCCUGUCUGCAGAUAGAAAACAAGUGACAGUCGGAGGCAUUUGGCAGAGUCUUCCAGACAACACAAAAAGAUUUGAUAGAUAUACAAAUGUCUUGGGAAUUGAGGGAUUCUCCUCAGGGAGAUUUUAUUUUGAGGUGCAGGUGAAGGGUAAGAUUGAAUGGGAAUUAGGAUUGGCUCAAGAAUCCGUUAAGAGGAAGGGAGUGAUCACACUGAAUCCCAGUAAUGGUUACUGGAUUGUGUGCCUAAAGAAUGGGAAUGAAUAUUCUGCUCUCUCUGAACCCCCUGUAGCUCUGGAUUUAAAAGUAAAGCCGCAGCAGAUCGGUGUGUUUGUAGAUUAUAAGGAGGGUCUGGUCUCUUUUUAUGAUGUGGAGUCCAGCUCUCUUAUCUACUCUUUCACUGGUGAGUCUUUCAAUGGGAAACUCUAUCCAUAUUUUAGCCCUGAUCUAAACUAUGAAGGUAAAAACUCUGCCCCAAUGAUCAUCACACCUGUCAAUUACAGUAAAUGAAUAUAAAUAUAAAUGUAAAUGGUGACCAGUGGCUAUACUGUAGGUGAUGUGCAAAAAGUUCACUAGAUGACACUAUAUAGUUUCUAAAUAGAAUUCAGAAAAUCAGGAAUUGUACUAGACAAAUAAAUUCAGAACUUUCUUUAAUAUACCGAGAUUUAACUUGAACCUGGUGACUGCCAGCAUAUGUGUGUGUGUUUGUGAGAAUGAGUGUUUGGUUUGUGCAGAUAUAUUUAGAGCAGGGCUGUCCAAACUCAGUCCUGGAGGCUUGGUGUCCUGCAGAGUUUGGCUCCAACCUUAAUUAAACACACCUGAAGAGCCAAUCAAGCUCUUAUAGUCCAGUCUAGAGCUCAUGAAUGCAUGUACUAGCUUCUCUGCAUCAAAUACCAGUAACAUGCAGCUUGACAAUGUUGCUAAGAAGAAUGCUGUUCUUACAGGGGAAAUGUGAUUUUUAAAAGACAAAUUGCUGUCUAAUAUAAUACCCAGAUUGUUGUUUUAUGCCAUCUUGUUUUGAAUAAAAAUGUUUUGUCCUUUU